GAAGAAGAAGAAGAAGAAGAAGCGGCACAAGGCUGGCGGGGAGAACCCGGAGCUGGAAUCGGACCCGGGAUUCGGAAGCGUGGAAGACCUGGAGCCCGAGGGGGAGUGGUGGGCGCUAGUGGAGUACCCGGAGACCCCGAAGGGGGGAGAGGCGCACCGGGAGGAGGAGGAGGAGGCCAGGAGCGAGAGUGGCGUGUCAUCACCGCCACCGUCAAGGAAGGCAAAGAAACGUCAGCGGCAAAGAGGAGCUGGUGAUCAGAGGGUCGUCCCCUCGGAAGGCUCCUCGCCGGGCGCACCCCCACGAGUGAAGGCAGAGCAGAAGAGCCUGCGUGGCUCAGAGACUCCUGAUGCCAGAGACAGAGCCGUGGUGCUGUCUCCUUCCGAAAGGCAGGAGUCAGGUCCUGAUGGGCAGGGUAUCGAACCGAUCUGCGAUGAUGAAGUGCAGAGGUACAUUAUACAGCUGAAGGAGUUCAUUCCCAAUGUGGAGAAGAGGUGUCCGCGUGAGAUCAUUAAGAUGGGAGUCUACGACCUGGAGAGAUUUCAGGCGUUUAAAAGGGAAGGUAUCGUACUCCGCCGAGGAAGAUACAGCGCUGAGGAAAACGAUCGCCUACGCAAAAAUGUGGAGAAUUUCCUUCUGCUGACUGGGAUCGACACCGCGACCAAGCUGUUCUUCCCUGCGCGCUAUCCCAAUGAAAAGACUACGAUCACGAAGCUGAAAAACGUACAUAAAUUCCACAAACAGAUCGCUGAUGGGAUUCCCCGGCCUUGGCAUGACAUUUACACAAGAGGAAGGAAAAUGUUCGAUUCCUAUAACUACAAGGGCAGGUUUACAGAAGAUGAUCUGAAGGCGCUACGCAAGUACCACUCUAUGUAUGGCAACAACUGGACGAAGAUCUCGGAGUUGAUGGGCCGCAGUAAUCACUCCCUGGAGAUGCGCUUUUCUCAGAUGGCGCAGAACAAAGGAGUGUGGCGCAAGGAGGAGCUGAGGGCUCUGAUGAGGGCCAUCGGGGCUCACAUGCUGACGCAGCUGGACCCCGAGGAGGCGGCCAGAGGCCAGCAGGCCACCAUCGCGCGCGAGAAGCUCUACAAGGGCAUCCCCUGGGUCGAGGUGGCGCUGAAAGUGCAAACGCGCAGCUGGUGCCAGUGCAGGACCAAGUGGAUGUCAGUUCUAAUGAAGAAGAUGUCAUUGGGGGAGGAUGUCUACAAAGGAUCAAAGUCUUAUAAAGCCAAAAUCAACUUAAUCAAAAAGCUGUACUCCUUGAAUGUUGAAGAUGUAGCGGAUGUAAAUUGGGAUGACCUCACAGACACAAUUGGGGACGUGCCCCCUGCCUAUGUGCAGGCUAAGUUCUACAAGCUGAAGGUCACCUGUGUUCCCCUGUGGCAGAACAAGUCAUUCGGAGAUAUCAUUGACUACCUGUACAUCAACACUCUUCCCAAGCUUGAAGACAAAUUGAUGAAAACCGAGCAGCUGGCAGAGCAAAACAAUUUGAACUGCAGAAAGUCAGAUUAUUAUCUUCUUUCCGAGAUCUUAAACGAUGAUUUUAUUGAAGAGGUGGACAGUGGCGACCAGGAAGUGUGAAGCAAAAGACAUUUUAUGCACAGCGUGAGAUGGAUACCUUCACAACAGAAUCAUCUUCUGUUGUGAUAAAUUCAGCUGUUUUGUUUUUUUUUUAGUAUCAAUGCAUUCUCAAAACUUGUGGUCUGUGUUCAGAGAAGAUUAUUUUGAAGUUAUUAUAAAAUUUCUAUUUUUUGUAAUUUCACAAAAAAAGUAUGUGAAAAGAAUGUCUGUUUUGUAUGGAACAAUGAUUGAAUUAAUCAUGAAUCCUCAUUGGAGAUGUAAAUAACUACACCUCGCCCUAAAAGCACAAAAAUGACCAACUUUUAGCUGUAGAAAAGUGUUCUCUUAUUGGUCUUUAAGGAGUACAGGUGGCUAAUCACCUGGGGUACAGUGCCAUUAAACUGGGAAUGUGAAAGAAGCCAAAUAUUUAUUUUUUCAGGUUGCUUUUGCAAUAUGAAUUUGAAAAGCAACAUUUAUUUUCCUCAUUGCAGUACAGUCUUUUAGCAUACCUUGCUUGAGGAGCCUUGAAUGACAACACCGACGUUACGCUCUCUGAUAUCCAUCGAGUCUGAUGCAGGGCUGGUUUUAAACGCUUGUUAGUCUGUUAACACUGAAUGUUAAUGGCACACUUAAGGUGUCAGAUAAAGUGCAAGGGCUUCCCAGCAGGGACGGCAUAAUUAUCCAUUGAAGCAUGGAUAGGAUUACUGUAAGUGAUCUUCACGUCUCAAGUCCAGGUAUUUGACUUGGAAAAGUAGCUGUGGUAUUUCAGGGACUUCCUUAUCUGUGUAUUUGUUUAGUUCAUUCAUGGCUGUUGACUUCAUCUGCUCUAAAACUUAAUACACCCAUUGAAAAUCCGUUUUUGAAAAUGGAUAUUGCAUUAUAGUGUUUAAGGUGGCUUCUGUCAGGCCUCAGGAUAGAGAUCCAUUUUUCUGAACUUAAAAAUGUCUUGUUCUGUAUUUUCGUGAUCAGCCCGGGAAUUGCAAAUACUUACGGCGACCUCUCCAGGGUGUUUCGUGCACUGCAGCAGCUCCGAAGGCACACCCGUGCCUUCUCGGGGCUGUGCCGGCACUAGGCCAGUUAUCUCUAGGCUUUGGGACUUGUCCUGCCCUCUCAGGGGAGCCAAGAGCAGGCCUACCCAGGAGCUCACAGGAGCAGAUUGUUUUUCAACUGCAAGUUGCCCAUUUCCAGACGUACACCAUCCCCCUCUGGAAUGGCCAUCUCGGAUCGGCCCUUUACUGCCUGGGGAGAAGCAGGAUCUGUAGAUGAGAUCCUCUCGGCGCCCGCCUGCCUGAGCCGCUCCUCCCGGAGGUCCCCCUGUGCGUCGCCAUGAUCACGUUUAACCCACAACGCGGAGCUCUGUGCGCCCACUCCCUACAAGUGGGUUCCUCUGUAUGUAAUGACGGGGGCGCUGGAGUGCUGGUCACCUCUCUCCGCACCGCGGUGUCUGAGCGCUCCUGUAGUUUCGCUCGGCUCAGGACUGGGGGACGGGAGGGACCGUCCUAUGCCGUCAGGUUAAAAGGAUGCAUCUGUUCAGUCUCGGGACAGGGGAAACUCCCAGGUCACUUGUUUGAAUUAUUCAGUAUUCUCGAAGGCAUUGACUGUCUUCAGAAUCGACAGUGAAGCUCGAACCGGAAGAGACACCAGUUAAAACCUUUGACUCGCGGGGCCAAUUCUGUAAUCCAGGUCCGAGGCAAAAAAAGAGCAGGAGAGGGUGCUUUUUCUUCCAAGACUUAAACAUGUCUGCCGUCUUUUGUCGGAGUGGCGGAGCCGCUGCCCGUUUUUAAAGCAGGACUUUUCGCAAAGGAGGAUUUUCAGAGUCAAUGUACUUCUAAUGUUGUGGGGGUCCUUCCCCACUUUUUAAUUUUCUGUGAAUUAAACCGUUUUUGUCUUGUGCA